AUGAGGCUGGAGAGGCAGACCGGACAAGAUUGUCCAGGAUCUUGUAGACCUUGUGAAGGACCUGGAUCUCAAACAAUCCAUUGUGACAAGAGAUGCUGUGGUCUUUCCAAAGACCAAAAUGAAGGAAAAUCAGCCCGUGAUUGGUGGUCUACUGUUUUGGGAGAAAAAGAAGAAUUUGAUCAAGGCUGUUUGUGUUUGGCUGACAUUGACAAUACUGGAAAUGGACAAGAUAAAAUAAUUGUGGGUAGCUUUAUGGGAUACCUAAGAAUCUUUAACCCCCAUCCUGUAAAAACAGGAGAUGGAACUCAAGCUGAAGAUUUGCUUCUAGAAGUGCAUCUACGAGAUCCAAUAUUGCAAGUGGAAGUAGGGAAGUUUGUUUCAGGUACUGAAAUGCUUCAUUUGGCUGUGUUGCAUUCUAGAAAACUUUGUGUCUAUUCUAUCUCAGGAACCUUGGGUAAUGUGGAACAUGGAAACCAAUAUCAGAUCAAAUUGAUGUAUGAACAUAAUCUUCAGAGAACAGCCUGCAAUAUGACUUAUGGAUCAUUUGGUGGUGUAAAAGGUCGAGAUUUAAUUUGUAUCCAGUCUAUGGAUGGGAUGCUGAUGGUGUUUGAGCAGGAAAGCUAUGCUUUUGGGAGAUUUCUCCCUGGUUCUCUUUUACCUGGCCCUCUUGCUUACAGUUCCCGUACAGAUUCCUUCAUUACUGUCUCUUCCUGCCGACAAGUGGAAAGUUACAAGUACCAAGUACUUGCUUUUGCAACGGAUGCAGAUAAAAGACAGGAGACUGAACAACAAAAACUUGGUUCUGGGAAAAGACUUGUUGUGGAUUGGACUCUAAAUAUUGGAGAGCAAGCACUUGAUAUAUGUAUUGUCUCUUUCAAUCAGUCAGCAUCUUCUGUUUUUGUUCUUGGUGAAAGAAACUUUUUUUGCCUUAAGGAUAAUGGACAGAUUCGAUUCAUGAAGAAACUUGAUUGUAGCCCAAGUUGUUUUCUCCCGUAUUGCUCAGUUUCUGAAGGAACAACAAAUACUUUGAUUGGAAACCAUAAUAACAUGUUGCAUAUUUAUCAGGAUGUGACACUCAAGUGGGCUACUCAGCUUCCCCAUAUUCCUGUAGCAGUAAGAGUGGGCUGUUUACAUGAUUUAAAAGGAGUGAUAGUCACUCUGAGUGAUGAUGGUCACUUGCAGUGUUCAUACCUGGGGACAGACCCUUCUUUGUUCCAAGCUCCAAAGGUUGAGUCUAGAGAACUACACUAUGAUGAACUUGAUACAGAAUUGAAAGAACUUCAGAAAAUCAUCAAAGAUGUUAAUAAAUCACAAGGUAUUUGGCCCAUGACGGAGAGAGAAGAUGAUUUGAAAGUUUCUGCCAUGGUUUCUCCUAACUUUGAUUCAGUGUCUCAAGCUACUGAUGUUGAAGUGGGAACUGACCUUGUCCCUUCAGUCACAGUUAAGGUCACAUUGCAGAAUCGACUGGCGCUGCAAAAAGCCAAAUUAUCAGUCUAUGUGCAACCACCUUUAGUAUUGACCUGUGAUCAGUUCACCUUUGAAUUUAUGGCACCAGAGAUGAGUAGAACAGUAUCCUUUUCUGUUUAUCUGAAAGGGAGUUAUACACCACCUCAAUUGGAAGGAAAUGCUGUUGUUUCUUAUUCCAGACCAUCAGAUCGAAAUCCUGAUGGCAUUCCUCGGGUUAUCCAAUGUAAAUUUAGACUUCCCCUGAAAUUAAUCUGUCUACCAGGUCAGCCUUCAAAAACUGCAAGCCACAAACUGACUAUUGAUACCAACAAAUCUCCAGUUAGUCUUCUCAGUCUCUUUCCAGGCUUUGCCAAUCAGUCAGAAGAUGAUCAGGUGAAUGUAAUGGGUUUUCACUUCUUAGGAGGUUCCCGAGUUACUCUUCUUGCUUCUAAAACCUCUCAACGGUAUCGCAUUCAGAGUGAACAGUUCGAAGAUCUUUGGCUCAUAACAAAUGAACUUAUUAUUCGCCUUCAAGAAUAUUUUGAAAAACAGGGAAUCAAAGAUUUUGCCUGUUCUUUUUCUGGAUCUAUGCCCCUUCAAGAAUAUUUUGAGUUGAUUGAUCAUCAUUUUGAGGUGUGUACGAUUGUAACUCAUAUUACCUGCAAUUUUUCUAUAUAUGAAAGAGAAAGAGAUGCUACAGAGGAAAGAAUUCUAGUGUACUUGGCUAUUAAAUCUAGUGCUUCAAGUAGUUAUUUUAUGUGGAUGGUGGAUUUUGUGUAUCUGUUCCUGCCCUCUUGCCCAGUUUGUGGUCACUUGCAGACAUUAACAGAGUGGCUGCCUGGAGCUAAGCAUGUGGUCUGGCUUCAGAACAGAGCUGAUUUAAUUCUCCAACAUGGGGACUUAACCUUUGACCCCAGUAACCCAGUAUUAAAACCGUUCGAGCUUAUCAGCAGCCAUUUGGCUAACUAA